AUGAAGCACCGAAAGGUAAAGGUCUUCCUGCUUGCGCUUCUUGCGCUAGUUAGUACCUCCACUGCAAUCCCAUACACCCCGUCCUCUAUCUUUCUUUCUUCCCAGCACAAUGACUCCCUCGCAUACAUUCUCCGACCUAGCUCCACUGGUCAAACCGAGUUCGUCUCCCUCAACCUGUCCAGCAGUAUCGAUGUCGAGAAUCUAUCAUUUCAAACCCUGUUGAAGAGCACGCCGUUUUACAGUUCGGAUCAGAACGCGAGCUUUGUCGCCGCCAUCAAUGAGCAAGGGCUCAUCACAGUCUACUCGGGCAACUGCCACUGUGCAUCUGAUAACCCGGUGCUAUGGCAAUUCCACCCAAACAGCAAAAGUUCAAUCGGCAAUGGGACCUGGGAUAGGCUGCCAGUCAUUACCAGCGAUGCAACAACCGCAGCGAACUACCUGGCGGCGGGAUUCACGUAUUCGGCAUCCAAACAAGAAGAUGAGAGCUCCAUGUACGCUUUUGGUGGGAUGUGUCCAUUCGCGAACAGCACGGAUGAAACAUGGGUCUCGGCGGCCAACUACUCCCAAUCAACGGUCGUGCUCGGACCGAGUCCCUACUACAAUACCAAGUUCACCGCUGCCACUGUUGGCAAGCGCGCGCCCCCUAUCGCUGAAGCUGGAAUGGCCGUCGUGCCGCUCCAGCCUGCCUAUGCUGCCGAUUCGAUGGGGAAAGAACAGGAAUUUUUGUUUAUUGGUGGACACACUAGCCAGGCAUUCCUAAACAUGUCGCAACUGGCCAUUUUCUCGCUGCCGCAGCAAAGUUGGAGCUUUGUUUCUGUAAUCUCGAAUUCGACAUCAAAGACUCAGCUGACGAUCCCGGACACGGUUUCUAUUGAGCCUCGCUCCGGUCACACUGCAGCUCUGUCGGAGGAUGGCAAUAAGGUGUUUGUGUUUGGAGGGUGGGUGGGCGAUAUGACUGUCCCCGCGGAGCCGCAGUUUGCAGUUCUAGAGCUGGCAGAAGGGUUUGACGGAGCCACCGAAUGGAUUUGGACAGCACUCUCGUUUGAAGGAUCAGGGAUCGCCAAGGGUGCUGGCAUCUUCGGACAUGGGGCGGCAAUGCUCCCUGGGGGUGUGAUGAUGAUUUCGGGGGGCUACAACAUCCCGAAACCAUCCUCGAAACGGGCCUCAGCGACUGCACAGUCCAACGCGCGGGUCUAUCUCUACAAUACGACUGCUAGCAGUUGGGUCACUUCUUACCGCCAUCCCGCAGCAAGUUCGUCGAACGCUUCCUCCAGUUCCCGUAAGCUUUCAUCAUCCCAAAAGGCCGGCUUAGGGGUUGGACUGGGCGUUGGAUGUCCCGCUGUCAUGGCCAUCAUUUUGUGGGGAUGGAACUACCACCGAAAGCGCCGCGUCAAGGUCAAGCGAGACUCGCAGCUACGGGAACUUGCUUUGGGAGCGGAACGUGCUCACUUCUGGGGUCGAGACUGUCCAACCCAAGCAAGCAGUAUUCGGUUUUCUGGAAUGAGCGAAAUAAGAGAUGCCCCCAUAUAUCCUUGGUCGGCAAAUCGCAGCCAGAUAACAAGGCCUAACUGGACAGACCAAGGCGAAGGCCCGGCGGAGAGGACUGGGCUGCUGAUGGACCCUACUAGUCCAGUCAAGCAAAGCCGUCCCCCUGUGAUGCCUCCGGUGAACAAUAGGCCAUUCUCUAAUCGAAACAGUGAAUACCGGCGCAGUGAUGCUACUGGUGAUAUCCACCCUAUCGAUGAACGCGAAGAAGAUGAAGCGACCUUCCGAGAAAAUCUCUUGCCAACCAUCGCAGAUGAAUCAGGACCUACGGUCAAGACUACAGAGUCCGAAGACGCUUUUUCAAAUACCCCUUAUGCGACUCCUCGGAGCACCAUCUUCGGCGUUGGCCUAGGUCCUUUCUACAGCCGGCGAAAGGAAAUUGGAUCCGUGGAUGUCGAGUCUCCGACAAAAAGUGAACGCACAGGCACCAACCUGUCAGACCAUUCAGCGUUUUCCUUUGCGUCCUCUCAGCCCGUGGGCAAGGUCAACCAAGCACGAGGUAUCCUCGUUGAUCGAGCGCUGAGCUGGAGCAGCGGACGCGAGUCACUAGAGUACUUCGCCGCAGCCUCAACACACAGCGACCCAGAGGGCGUAGCCCCCUCCGAGAAUUCCGUGUCAGCGGAUUCAUAUUCUACAGCCCAGACAAACAUGGCCAACCGCCAGGCAGAGAACGAGUCCCUCCUCCUCGACGCCCUUGACCCCACCCCGCCCUCAUCCCCUUCGAAACUGCCCCGAGAAUCGAAACCCACUGCCUCGGACUGGGCAAUGAAUAGCAUGCACCGAGCCCUAAUAAUGACCCACCGCAGCCCCGACAGCCAGCUCUACUCUGAUACCAGUAGCGCUGGCACAAUGCACCAUGCCUCCGGCAUUGACCACCGCAAUAUGCUCGUUGGAUCCCCCCAACAUACAGUCCCGGGCCCCAGCACAUCGCGUCGGGUAGUUAGCGCUUCAGCAGAGUUGUUCUACCGCAAGCAGGGUGCCAAAGACUGGAACGCGCACCAGCGAGUCUCAGACGAUGUGUUCAACACUGCCCGGUCUACAGGCGAUGAUCGUUUCACCGGUGUGGCGGAAUACGUAGGUAACGAAGCGGAUUUCAGCGAUGACGAGGAAGAUGAUUGGGACCUGGAGGUUGCUGCCGAGGGUCGACGAGUCCAGACAACUUUUACUGUUCCGCGAGAGAAACUCCGUGUCGUUAAUGCUGCUGCUGGCGAUUUUGAAAGUAUGUCCGAGCGCUCUAUUAAUCUGGGCACUGGGAACCGGAGGGUCAGUACCUAG